CUUAAACCGAAAUGAAGUUUGCUUUAUUCAAGUACUUGAUCGUAUUUUACACAUUCUUAACUGUGGCAUUUGCUAUGGGUGAAGGUUAUGAAGAGAUAUCUGCCUGUUUAGAUGAUAGUCUAAGUGAUUAUAACGUAUAUUUUAAUGAUCAACGUCCAGUAACAGUUGAACCUAGAGAAAUUCGUGACUUUGAUGCUGACUUAGACUCCAUAGUUACAGAAUGUAUUAGCUAUUUGAAUCUUACUGCAAUUGUCGGUACUAGGGGCAACAUUCAAUAUAUAAAUUCUCUACAUUCGUAUGAUGAGGAUGAUGAUGUGUAUACUUUCGAUUACCUCAAUGAUGCUCAUUUUUUGCUGUUUAACUGCCAAUCGUAUUAGAUCACCGAUUAGUUAUAUCACACUUAGAAACUUCUACAAUCUCUCUAAAUUACA